CUUCAAAAUGUCUAAGCGUUCUGCAACAGAAGUCAACUCCUCGUCUGGAAGCCACCUAGAGCCGCGCAAAACUCCUAGGUCGGAGUCAAAACGGAAGGAAGAUGCUGCGGACGACGAGAUGGGCGAGUUUGAGGACGGAUGGGAGGACGAGUACGAGAGCGAUGAGGACGUCGUAGAUGGUGAGCAGGGGAAGGGAGAUGACUCUAUGGAUGUGGACGACGAGGUUAUGCCCCCGAUCGAAGAGUCCGAAGAGCCUCCCCAAGCACCCGAAGCCUUCAUACCCGGAGUCCAUAAACUAGGGAAGGAUGAGAUCCUCGAACCGGACGACUCAGUGUAUAUCAUGCGGCACAACAUGACUGUCAACUGGCCAUGUCUUUCCUUUGACGUUCUCCGGGACAACCUUGGGGACCAGAGACAACGAUACCCUGCAACCGCGUACAUCGUUACCGGCACCCAGGCUGAUGUAGCGAAGAACAACGAGAUCCAAGUCUACAAGAUGAGCUCAUUGCAUAAGACACAAAAGGAACACGACACGGACGACGAGGACGAAGAGGACGACGACGCACUAGACGAAGACCCCGUCCUCGAACACCGCUCGGUCCCACACCUAGGCGGCGUCAACCGCAUCCGCGCACAACCCCUUCCCGCAUCCUCUCCCCUCCCUCCCGUAUCCCAACCCUACUACGUCGCAAGCUGGGCAGAGACCGGCAAAGUGCACAUAUGGGACGUCCGCCCGCUCAUCGAGGCGCUCGACGUCCCCGGCUACGCCGUCGACAAAUCGCGCACGCACACCCCCGCCUUCACCAUCAGCUCGCACGGGCGCGCCGAGGGCUUCGCGAUGGACUGGGCCGCGUCGGGCGGCGCGAACCCGUCCGCGCUCCGCCUGCUCACGGGCGACGUGCACGCGAAGAUCUUCCUGACGACGACGACGCCCAGCGGGUUCAACGCGCUCGCCCAGCCGUUUGCGUCGCACACGUCGAGCGUCGAGGACCUGCAGUGGAGCCCAAGCGAGCCGACCGUGUUCGCGUCGUGCUCGGCGGACCAGAGCGUGCGGGUGUGGGAUGUGCGCGCGAAGGGCCGACAGAGCGUCGCGGGCAUCGCGCGCGCGCACGAGAGCGACGUGAACGUGAUCAGCUGGAACCGCGCGACGACGUACCUUCUGCUCAGCGGCGGCGACGAGGGCGGGAUCAAGGUGUGGGACCUGCGGAAUGUCAAGAAAGCCGGCACCGCGCCAGAUCCUUCGCCUGUUGCUGCGUUCACCUGGCACACAGCGCCCAUCACAUCCAUCGAGUGGCAUCCAACGGAGGACUCUAUCUUCGCCGCGUCUGGCGCCGAUGACCAGGUCACGCUCUGGGACCUCGCGGUCGAGCAAGACGACGAAGAGGCUGGUCCGAUGGAUGCGACCGAGGGUGGACGCGAGGUCCCUCCUCAGCUUCUGUUCGUGCAUCAGGGCCAGAAGGACGUCAAGGAGGUCCACUGGCACCCACAGAUCCCAGGCGCGGUCAUAAGCACUGCGUACGACGGGUUCAACAUCUUCAAAACGAUCUCUGUAUGAUCGACCACUUGUAUCCUUGGAUUUGUAUGGUGUUAUGUGUUGUCAGCAGUUCGAACAACCUAUAUUGUAUCGUGUCGCGUCAUCCUCUGUCGGGAACACAAGAUAGCAUUUGAAUCUAGAGUAGGAGUGUUCGCUAUGAUACACAAGCGUGCGGUCGUAUACGAUUCUAGGGUCAACGUCCGGUGUCAUAGAGUCAUGGGGAUGAAGUCUACGGUCCACCGUAGUCUCAAACAUUCGAAGCAUCGAUAUCUGCAGCCACUAUAGGCAUCAGUACAUGGAGCUCGAGUUAUUACCCUUCGGUGAACGGAUCUUCUCGAUGUUCUUAUGCAGGAUGUCCAUAAGAACAGCAUAUAUGGACCGCAAGUCAUGAAGGUUUUGUCGGGCGACAUAAAGUUGUUUCUCAUCAUGCUCCUUCAGCGCCAGCUGGUAAUCCUCGAGGUGAGGGUACUUCAUGACUUUGCUACAUAUCUUGGCACGAGUCAGAUAGUCCUGGCGAGCUGCGUCCCGGAGGUUGUAUGCGCUCUCUUGUGAGCGAUGCAACUCAGACAGACAAUCUUCCUGGAUCUGGACGCCAAAGUUAUCUCCAUCCUCGAUCUUAGGCAUCGACAGGUUGAUCCAUAGCUUGACCUUGUCACAGAGCUCGGCCAGAGUCUCGCAUUCGCGCUUGAGCUGGUCGUGGAGGGCGACGAUGUGCUGAUUUGAAACCAUUUUCCCGGGAUGCUUCGCAUGUUUAGCGUCGGUGUGGGUGACGCCAUUUACGGCAUCUCCGGACUCUAGUUUCCGUUUCUUCGGUUCGGGCUCAGACGAAGGUACAGGUGCAGGGUAGACAGUGGUGUCAGUGCUCUUCGGGGCAUGCGACAGAUGGAAGGGCGAGCUGGACUCAUAAGUAGAGUCGAUGAGCUUUUGGAGCUCACUAGGACCUUGUUGGGGAAAGUCUUAAAGACAAUAUCCUCUGCGGCCUUAUGAACAGUGCUGCGGAAGUCGUCUAGUCUCUUCUUAGUGUCCUUGUCCAGCGCAACUUUGGAUGACAUGCUGACAGGAGC